CUGUAACACUCACCUCAUCAGCGAUGGCUGAGGCGUUAUGUGACAUAUGCUAUCAAGUAUUUUCCCUGGACGGAUUCUGGUUCUCAACUUGCGGCCAUGGAUUUUGUGAAACCUGCACUACAUCACUGGACAAGACUCGGACCUGUCCUACUUGCCGCGAACCGAGGAAAAAGGCAAACAUCCACAAGAUAUAUUUCACAUUGCCUGAGGAACAGGAAAACGCCAUCGAUGUUCAAUCUCAGGCUCAGGCAUUGGCCCGCUCAAUGGCCAAUAUUCAUUCAUCUUCAACAUCAUCUUCAAUAGACAGAGUUGUCGACGGGCUCAAGAAAUUUUCUGGGAGGCUCGAGGUUGAUGCAGAGACUGCGAGUAAGCUACUCGGAGUGGCGAAGGAUAUGAAGGAUAGAUUACAACCAAUUUUCUUCCAAUUGCAACUCGAACGGGACGAGAAGCGCAAUCUUCAACAGAAGGUCAAUCUAUGGCAACACAGGGUUACUCAAGUUGAAGCGUCAGAAGUUGAAGUGGCAAGAUUGAAGAAAGAACUUGAAAACGCCAAGCGCGCUAAACUAGGAAUGGUAGCCGAAAAUUGCCGACUUACAAAACGGCUUGAAGCAGAGGUGACCGAAUCUGAGAAGCUACGGAAGGAUGUCAUUGACGAGCGACGGUUAACCAAAGAACGGGAUGAACUAGUGCAACAGCUCGAGCGAGAGUUGGAGAACGCUGGUAAACAGGCUGGUUUAACGAACAAGAAGCUGAAGGUCCUAGCUCGUAGUUCAAAUCGGAUGCCUGCUGCAAACAGUGCCGACGACUCUCUGAUAGUUGAGCCAGCCGUUUUGGAAUGCUCAUCCUCCGUACCACCUUAUGGGAAUGAUCUUGAUCAACAAGGGUCAUUCCAUGAAAUGGGAAACAUUCUUGAAGGUUGUUAAUCUUGCACUGUUGAUGGACUUAGGCUCGACUUAAUCUACUGUCGUUAGACGAUGGCGAAACAAGGUUUCGCGUACGAUCGUAACAGUUUAGGCUCAAGCGUUUGUUUCGUACCUCUCGACUCCACGAAGCGCUCCAUUGAUUUCCAUAAGCGUAUGUACCCCUACCUACCUCGAUGCGUACUGAAGAUCAUUUUCACAGCCCACCCAGACAAUAUCAUUGGACCUGUCCUCCUCAAAGAAUUUAACAGAAAGUUUCGCAAGUAUUACGGACGGGACUUGGUUAAUUGUCAAUGAUGAGAUUCAGUGCUCAGCCUGAGCAUUGCUACAGAAGUAGAUUGUACAGUACGUGACUACGAGACAAAUAAAUUUUGCUUCUCGAGUGUGA